CAUCACCUUACUUUGUACAUCUCUUCCACCACCACCAUUUCUGGAGCGAGCGAGAGAUAACGAUGAACGCCCAAGCUAUCCUCCGCGCCAGAAUGGCGACCCAACUUGUCGCCCGCCGCGGCUUCUCCUCCACUGUCCGUCGAGCAGACAACUUCAGCCCUUAUCAUUACCCUGAAGGACCUUACACCAAUUUGCCUUUCAACACAAAGACAAGAUUCUUCUGGCUGCGAUACUGGGGGUUCAUGUUCACCGGAUUCGCCAUUCCUUUCGGCUUGGCCGUCUGGCACACAUACAAGGCUUAAGAGAUCCGGAGAGUUUGGAGUCUGCCAUGGAAUGUCAAAUCGCGUGAGGAACCAGUGCGGGAAUGGCACCCUCGCAACUGGAAUUUGUACAGAGCCAGAAAUAAAAUCCCUUCAGCCACUAUGGAUGUCUAUUGCUUCUCAAUCUCUCCAAUUGCUCAUUGCGAAGAUGUCUUAUGGCCUUUGCUGUUGGUUUGCCCCGUCCAUCAUACCCAGGGAGCACCAGAAUGCUGUCCAAUCAGAAUGCGCGUAACCUUGCAGUAAAUUUUAUUCUCCAAAAUACCUAUUUUCCU